AUGGAAACAACUGAUAGCCCCGAUUCUGCGAUGGAAGACAUCUCUCUAGGGUCUCCGUCCCGAUCAGACUCUGGCGUUGAUCCCGUACACAUUGACCACCCGCGGAAAUUGACCUCGGGAGAAAUUGCCGUAGAAGGAAGCACUGAUACGAAAAAUAAUACCAAGGAAGAAAGCAUUGCUAAUGGCGUUAUUGCUCAUACUUUGAAAGAUAAGGAUGCUAAUGGCAAUGAUGCCACUGCUGCUGCGGAUGAUCCCACCAACAAGGCUCAAAUCAAUGGAACUUCUCUGCCGGUCCCUGUUUCAGACUCGAAUAGCGUGCCGGAGCCAAAGGCCAAUGUCCUUCCAGCGCUAACCCCGACAACCUCCGUGGUCGAAUCCGCUAUCGAAUCUAAGCUGAGCCCGUCGGAUUCCCAUUUGCAGGAAAGCCCAUCUUCGCAGGAGACCGAUGUUCCGUCAAUCUCGGUCACCGCCCCCGCCCUUACCUCUGUCCCCGUCCCCAGCUUCACUCCCAACUCGACCUCCGUGUAUAUUCUCACCACCUUUGGCAAUAUCGCCAAACUUGUCAACAAAAAGAACGUAACGCUCCACAGCUCGCUCAAAAAGGCGCUGGAGAAGCUCAAGACUGGUCAGUUGCCCGAGGGGGCGGCCAUGUUCGAAACGUUGCGCUUGACUCUCAAGGUCGGCAACGUAGACGCCAAGAUCCUCGCAUUGGACUGCUUAAGCAAGUUGUUUUCCUUCUCUUUGUUUGGCGACACCGUGGAUGUGCCUCCUGCCGGCGCCAUCACGCUGACGUCACCCGAGGACCCUAACUCCAUUGUGACCCCGCCGCCGCGUGUUAGGCUAGUGGAUGCAGCCAUCCAGUCCAUCACCGACAGCUUCCAGGUGGAGACAUUCGACGCGAAAAUGGAGCUUCAGGUGAUCAGGGCGUUGAUGAGCGCCGUGCUCAACGAAAAGAUUCCGGCCCACGGUUCCUCGCUUUUGACUGCUGUCAGACAGUUGUAUAACAUCUUUCUCCUCUCCUUGUCCACGUCCAACCAGGGGAUCGCCCAGGCCAGUUUGACUCAGGUAAUUGCUAGCGUUUAUGACCGGGUCAGGACCUCCAGAGCCGACCGCUCCGCUAUUGUUUCAGCAGAAAACCUCCCAGCGACCGAUAUCAGCGAGAAGGAAGAGUCUGCAAAGCUCACGCUUGACACCUUGGCCACGGUUCCGGACGACGAACGAGUGGCUGAUGGUGAAGGGUCCGAGGACGAACUUUUCGUCAAGGACGCUUUCUUGCUCUUCCGCACGUUGUGUAAGCUUUCCGUUAAGGAUAUUGUCGACGGUGAGGACAUGCGCUCGCAGGCCGUCAGAUCCAAGCUAUUGGCACUUCAUGUGGUGCAUUCCAUCUUAAAGGAGCACAUCGACUUGUUCCUUGCAGACAUUGAACUCGUUUCGGCUUCCGGGAGAGAUAGCACGCGCUUCAUCGACUCCAUCAAACAGUACUUGUGUCUCGUGUUGUCGAAAAACGCCGCCCUGGCUGUCUCACCGGUGUACGAGAUCUGCCUCGAGAUCUUCUGGUUACUUGUCUCAAACCUCCGGUCCGAGUUCAAGAACGCCAUUCCCGUAUUUUUGGACGAAAUCUACUUCCCCGUCGCGGAGACAAAGACGUCUUCGCCCCAUCAGAAACGCUACCUCUUGUCCGUCAUGCAGCGGAUCUGCUACGAUCCGCGGGUAUUGAUCGAGUUCUACUUGAACUACGACUGCGACACCAGCAUGCCAAACAUUUGCGAGCGGUUGAUUGAUUAUCUCACAAGACUCUCUUUAACCCGCGUGGAGGCCACUCUGUCCCAGAAGCAGGCAUACUGGGACACGGCGGACCGCUCGAUCGCGUUCUACAACCUUUCACAGGUGCCGUCGCAGGCCAUUGCCUCUGUGGGCUCCAAACACGCCCAUAUCGAUGCACCGUUGCCGUUUCCAACUGAUUUCAGUCUCAAAAUGGUCUCCAUCAAGUGCAUCGUCGGAGUGUUGCAGUCGCUCCAUUCCUGGGCCCAAAAAGGUAUCUCAGUGGACGCGCUUAAGGAUAGAAAGCGAGCUAGCACCGUGGGCUCACACUCCGUCACCCCCUCCCUCCUGGAGUCCACCUCCUUCAUCGGCGAUCCGCUCAUGGCGGCUAUGGAGAAGGACGAUCCCUCUCAGUUUGCCAGCUUGAAGCAACGCAAGACGAUGCUUCUUGAAGGUAUCAAGCUCUUCAACUACAAGCCCAAACGCGGUUUGGACAAGUUGAUUAGCGACGGCUUUACCACCGACGCGCCCGAGGAGAUUGCCAAGUUUAUCUUGGCGACAGAUGGCUUGGACAAGGCCCAGCUCGGGGAGUUCCUCGGGGAGGGCGACGAGGAGCACAUUGCAAUUAUGCACGCAUUUGUCAACCAGAUGGACUUCAACCAACUGCGCUUUGUUGACGCGAUGCGCGUCUUUCUCCAGAGCUUCCGCCUUCCGGGCGAAUCCCAGAAGAUUGACCGGUUCAUGUUGAAGUUUGCCGAGCGAUACGUGCUUGGCAAUCCAACCAUCUUUGCUAAUGCCGAUACCGCUUAUAUUUUGGCCUACUCCGUGGUGAUGCUCAACACCGACCAGCACUCGGCGCAGGUGAAGAAUCGCAUGACCCCAGAGGAAUUCAUCAAGAAUAAUAGGGGUAUUGACGACGGUAAGGACUUACCACGGGAGUUUUUAGAGGAGGUGUACACGGAGAUCCAGAACAACGAGAUCAAGUUGCACUCCGAGCAACACGCGGCGAUGAUUGCAGGUUCCACCGCACCGACGGCCCAAGGCUUUUUUGCCAGGGACACGUCCCGUGAGGCGUAUAUGCAGAUCUCCAAGGAGCUUUCGUCGAAAACCACCGAGUUGUUUAGAACAUUGGGCCGCCAACGCACCAAAGAGCCCAGCCGUUCGGUGUUCUAUGCUGCCUCCCACGUGUCGCACGUCAAGUCCAUUUUCGACACCUUGUGGAUGUCUCUCCUCGCCGGCUUAACCCCUCCGUUCAAAGAAUACGACGACGAGGACACCACCAGACGGUGUCUCGAGGGAAUCAAGUUGGCCAUCAAGAUUGCCGGUAUGUUUGAGCUCGACUACGCGCGUACGUCUUUCAUCGGGGCGUUGGUGCAGUUCGCCAACCUCAGCAACAUCGAGGAGAUGCAGCCAAAGAACGUGGAGGCGAUUUAUGUGUUGUUGGACAUUGCUGCCACCGAGGGUGACCAACUCAAAACCUCCUGGGAGUUAGUUUUGCGCUCCAUUUCCCAGCUCGAGCGCUUGCAGUUAAUUGCGCGAGGUGUGGAUUCAGACUCCAUUCCGGAUGUGAGCAUGGCAAAGUUGGCCAACCGCGAGUCCAUCGACAGUACCCGCACGCAAAGCUCGUUUUUCGGCUCCUCCUUCUUUGGCUCCUCCUCCACACAGUCCCAGCAGGCGUCACAGAAGCACUUCAACCAGAAUAUGAGCGCGCAGGUGAUGAACUUGCUCGCCGCUACCCAGUUGGGGGUGGAUGUGGACCGCAUCUUCGAGCAGUCGUCGUAUCUUUCCGGCUCUGGGAUCAUCGAGUUUGUUAAGGCCUUGACUGCCGUUUCGUCGGAGGAGGUUGAAUCGUCCGGCAACAGCUCCCACCCACGCAUGUUCUCGCUCCAGAAGAUGGUGGAUGUGUGCUAUUAUAACAUGGACCGUAUCCGUCUCGAGUGGACCGGCCUCUGGGCGAUUAUGGGCGAUAAGUUCAACAAGUUUGGGUGCCAUUCCAACCCAGUAAUUGUGUUCUUUGCGCUUGACUCGCUCAGACAGUUGUCGAUGCGCUUCAUGGAGAUUGAAGAGCUCGCACACUUUAAGUUUCAGAAGGAGUUUUUGAAGCCGUUUGAGCACAUCAUGAUCAAUAACCCAAGCGUGGAGAUCCAGGAAAUGGUCUUGGAGUGCCUCGGGAACAUGAUCUUGGCAAAGUCUGACAAGAUCCGUUCUGGGUGGAAGGCCAUGCUUGUAGUGCUCACCACCGGUGCGAACAGCUCCCAUGCCAAGAUUGUUUUCAAGACGGAUAAGAUAUUGACUCGGAUCUACGACCAAAGCUUUGACUGUAUCUAUGAUCAAGGCGCGUUCUCGGACAUGAUUGGCGUGUACGUGACAUUGGCCAUGAACCGCGGUUUUCCGAAAGUUGGCCUUCAUGCCUUGAACGUAUUGAAGAAGAUGAUCAUACAGGUGGCUGACAAGAAGUUCGAAGACGAGCCUACGGACGAAGAGGAAGUGUCGAUGUUGAUCACCGAAACCGACAGUGAAAACAAGCUGUGGUUCCCGAUAUUAUCGGGUCUUCAUGAGGUGAUCAUGAAGGGAGUGGACUUGGAAAUCCGCUCAAGGGCGUUGAACUACAUGUUUGAUGCGCUUGUGGACUACGGCAAGCACUUUGAACCUUCGUUCUGGGACUCAGUGUGUCGCCAGUUGCUCUUCCCGUUGUUUGGAGUCUUGAGCAAGCACUGGGAUAUCAAUCAGUUUGGCAGCGACGACGAGCUCUCUGUCUGGCUCUCUACCACCUUGAUCCAGGCCUUACGUAACAUGGUGGCGUUAUUUACCCACUAUUUUGAGGCGUUGUCUCGUAUGUUGGACGGUUUCUUGGAACUUCUCAUCUCUUGUGUGUGCCAGGAGAACGACACCAUUGCGCGUAUCGGGCGCUCCUGCUUGCAGCUGUUGGUGGUUGAAAACAUGAGCAGGUUUUCACCAGCCCACUGGAAUCAAAUCACCGAAGGGUACGUCAGACUUUUUGACUUGACCACCGCUAAGGAGUUGUUUAAGGCGGAUCCGUUGAACAGUACCUACAUCACCACGGGUGCUGACGGCGUGGACAUCGUCCACGACAUUGCCAACCUCAAUUUGGACGAUGACUCAGUGCUGCUUGAGGUCAGGACCCAAAUCCAGCUCCAAAAGGCGAAAGACAAGUCGGCGAUUGUCGUUAAAUGCGUGUUACAGUUGUUGAUGAUCGAGAGUUUGUCAGAAUUGCUUCUGAACGAUGAGUUUUACGGAGUUAUUCCGUUUCUGUGCAUGGUUCAGCUCACCGGCUUACUCGAAACCUCGUUCCGCUUCGCUCGUGACUUUAACGACGAUUACAACUUGCGAGUUCGGUUGUUUAACUCUGGGGUCAUUGACCGCUUGCCUAACUUGUUGAAGCAGGAGUCAUCCUCUGCUGCUGUGUUUAUCGGUAUCCAGUUCAGACUCUACUGUGACACAGCCAAGGUAGAACCAGUUCACCGCAAGCAACUUAUAGAUGCCUUGGUGCCAAUGUGCAAUGAUCUUAUCGACAGAUUUGUCACUUUCGACGAGCAGUCACAGCUGAAGAACAUUGUCACCUGGAGACCGGUGGUGGUGGAAAUCUUGCAGGGUUACUACGAACUCGAGGAGGAAGAUUUUGUCGAGUUCUGUCCCGUGAUCCACGAUUUGGCGUUGCGCAUAUUUGACCGCAAUAUCCAGGCUGACUUGAGACUUGCAAUGAAGGGUUUCUUUUCCCGUGUGGGUGACUUGUAUCUUGAUAGAAAAUAA